AAGCUGAAUGACAUCCUGCCCUCGGCAGGUUGAGAGGAGAGGAGUUAAAGACGAUGUGGUGAUACAUUACGCAGAGUUCGACUUUACUAGAUGCCCUCGCCAAGGUUUAAUUAGGGAAUUGACUAUGAGCCGUUUAAAUAUUUUUCUCAUAUAAUACACAUAACAACGAAAAUGCUGAAGGAUGAUUACAUGCAACAUGUCAUGAUCUCCUGAAGGAGAAAUAAAUCAAAACGAUUUUGGUAUUUCUGUGUUACGCAGGAGAAAAACGUUUUCAGAAGAACAGAAAAUAAUUUGGUGAAUAUUUAUCUAGUUGAAACAAACAGUCUCAAGCAAAUAUUGGAAAAGUUGGAAAAGUUGACAAUGUCGCAACCACUACAGAGACCGGUUGUACUUCCUAGGAAAACGGAUCAUCGUCCAGUGAUAAGAACUCCUCACGGACUGGGACCGUUGCUGGAUGAAAUUUUUCAAGCAGUUCUCACAUAUCAGCCCGAUGACAGCGAUAUUCACAAAUUUUUGGCUCUCUAUCUCGAAGCAAAACUUGAACAGAGGAAAGCACACACGGAGGAGGAAGAGGAACUCGUUCGUCACUUUGGAUCCAACCACGAUAAGAACUUGCAAGAGCUGUUACACAAGAAAAGGAUUUCGUUCGAGGAUGCAGGCAAGUUCGCUGUACGGAUUCAAGCUGCCUUUCGUGGGCAUCUCAUUCGCAAGCGAUUAACGUCGGAAGGGAAAGUGUUGCACAAGGAGCACUGGAAGUCGUGGGAGUGGCGGCGAUGGAGCUGGGAAGGCAAAUCUCUGCUUACGGAAUCACAAUUGCAAGCAUUUUUGGAGGAGCACCACAUUUCCCUCGAGGUGGCCAACAAGUACGCCAACAAGAUCCAAGCCGUCUACCGCGGGUUCAAGGUUCGUCGCAGCUCUGAGGGAGAAGCGGUGAAGGAAGCGAUCAGGAAGCAGCGUCGGUCCUCAGCUGCGGACAAAAAAUUUCAGAGACUGAAAGGAAGCUUGAUCGCGAUUCAUUACGACAUCAAGAUUUCUCCACGAAUGGACACCUUUGAUUUCAACGGGGUCGUAUUUGUUCAAAUGGCGCUGACGGAUGAGGACUCCUCGAGCAUCGUGAUGAACUCAUUCCAGCUCACAAUCCUAAAGGCCGUGUGGAAAGACUCCUCCGACAAUGAGUACGUUGCCAGUAGAGUAGACUGUGACGAUGAGAAGGGAACUAUCUGCAUGCACUUUGACUCGCUUUUACCGAUGGGACGAGGAAUUCUGUACAUUUCCUACUCGGGCAUCAUGAAGGAAGACAAUCGGGGACUGUACUUGAUUAAGUUGACCAAACUAAACCCAGAAUCUCAUAAAGUUGAAGAAAGCCACGUGGCGAUCACCCAAUUCGAAGCUACGGAAGCCAGAAAAGCGUUUCCCUGUUUGGAUGAGCCUGACAAGAAGGCGACUUUCUCAAUCUCUCUGGUGGUGGAGGCAGGAAAGACGUCAAUCUCCAAUAUGCCCUUGAAAAAUGUGCGCCCAACGGGGGAAGAAGGGUUUGAGAUACGAGAAUACCACCCAACGCCAAAAAUGAGUCCUUACCUCCUGGCCUUUGCCGUGGGGGACUUUGAGUUUGUGGAGACGACGAGUGAGGACGGUGUACUUUUACGGGUCUACACCACGCCAGGAAAGAAGGAGCAGGGGAUUUUUGCCCUCAACGUAGCCGCAAAAGCCCUCGAGUUUUACACAAAGUUUUUUGGGAUUGCGUAUCCUCUUCCGAAACUGGACAUGGUGGCGGUGCCAGAUUUGUCCGCCUCUGCGAUGGAGAACUGGGGCAUGAUUGUCUUCCAUGAAACGGCAAUACUGCUGGACGAGAAAGAAAGUUCACACGCUUCCAAACAGUGGAUUUCUAUCGUCGUGUGUCACGAGAUAUGUCACCAAUGGUUUGGCAAUCUCGUGACGAUGGAGUGGUGGACAGACUUGUGGCUGAAGGAACGAUUCGCCACGUACUUUGAGACCGUCGCAGCAGACCACCUGUUCCCCGAAUUCAGUUUGUGGAACCUGUUUGUGAAAGAUGAGGUCCUUUCGUCUUUGGAGACUGACGCGUUCCAAAAUAGCCACGCCGUGGAAGUGGAGAUUGAUCACCCCGAAGAGAUAGAUUCUAUUUUUGAUGAGAUAUCCUACUGCAAAGGCGGGAGCUUAAUUCGUAUGCUCCACCAGUACAUGGGCGAGAAGGAUUUUCGCUUGGGAAUCAAUACAUACCUGGAAUCUCAUAAAUAUCGUAAUGCCAUUAGCGAGCAUUUGUGGGAUGCUUUUGAGAAGACGAGUGGAAAGCCGGUCGGAAAAAUGAUGAAAACCUGGACGAAGCAAUUAGGCUUUCCACUCGUACGCGUGAGGUUUGAGAAAGUCGAAGGGAGCAGCUCCAGGAUUUUGUACCUGACACAAGAGAAAUUCCGGGCUAAUCCACUAACCAGUAAUCAAUGGAGUGGAGGUGAAGAGGACAAAGGAAAUGAAGACCCGCUCUGGCUCAUCCCAUUGACAUUUUCCUCAGCCUCCAACCCCAACCGUGUAAUUGCGGACUGUCUCAUGGAAGGCAAAGGUGUGACGAUCCUCAUCCAAGACGUCGGAGAUGAUGAAUGGGUCAAAAUUAAUCCAGGCAUGACUGGUUUUUACCGAGUGCAAUAUGACGCAAUAGACCUGGAGGGCUUCAUGCCUUCCAUUCAAGACCUUGGACUCCCUCUCAUCGACCGUUUAGCACUUUUGGACGAUCUAUUUGAACUCGUCAGAUGUGGGAAAAACUCCACCACGGACCUACUCCAGUUCCUCCAAGCAUAUCGAGGCGAACGGGAUGGAACCCUGUGGCAACACAUAAGCCAUGUUCUCGAAGGACUGGAUUUUCUGCUCCAAGAGACCCAGCAUCAUGACCACUUCAAAGCAUAUGCGAAACAGUUGACUCUGCUAAUUGUCGAAACCAUGGGAUGGGACGCGAAGCAGGGCGAGAGCCAUUCAGACUCCAUCCUCCGACCAUUGACCAUACAAUUCAGAACGGGCUCUUUUGGAGACCCUGACGCCACGGUGGAAGCUCGACGUCGCUUUGUGCAGCACUUGAGUGGGGAGAAAGUGAUCGAUCCGGACAUCCGAUGCGCAAUAUUCAGCGCCGUCCUGCACUCGCCACUGGAGGGCGAGGGAGAACAGCUCCUCGAAAUCAUGAAGGAUUUGUACAUGCAGACUGAAUUGUGUGAGGAAAAGAUGAGAAUUGGUCAAGCGAUGGGUGCAUUGCCAGACGUGGCUCUUCAAAGGAAAGUGUUGGAAUUCUGCAUGUCUGACACGAAGGACGUGAGGCUUGGGGACGCGUCGUCGAUUAUAACGUCCGUCAGUGCUCAUUCGAUUCAAGGCCGGAGGUUGGUUUGGGAGUUCAUCAAAGAGAAGUGGCAUGUCUUGAAGGAACGCUACUCCGGAGGUGGCAUCACCCAUCUCAUCAGACUCAUUAAGCACACCACACAAAAUUUCGUUUGUGAGGAUGACGCGAAGGAGGUGGAGCAGUUUUUUGCGACGAAUCCGUUACCUGGUGGCGAACGUUCGAUAGCUCAAUCUGUGGAAAAUAUUCGAGUGAAUGCAGAAUGGGUGGAGAGAGAUCGGGUGAAAGCUGGGGAAUAUUUGGCUGGUCUCAACUUAUCAAAAUAACCCAGCCAAUUGCAGCGACCUCGUUAAUUAAGCCGCUACAGCUGCACCAGAAGUCAGUUAUGAUUAGUAAUAAAUAAUAUCUAUAUACAAUACAAAUACAUACAUUAUAAGUGCAUGUGGAAUCCGAGUGUUUUGGUUAGAAUAAUCUAUGUCUCGUCAUAAAACUCUGUUAAAUACUCA